AUGCCAGAUGCGCUGCCGCCAGAAGUGCCGUACACUGUAGUUAUGAAAUUCGGCGGCUCGUCGGUGGCGAACGCGGCGCGCAUGAGGGAGGUGGCAGAUCUGAUACUGUCAUUCCCAGAGGAGAAUCCGAUCAUCGUCAUGUCCGCCAUGGGGAAAACGACAAACAACCUGAUCAAGGUGGGCGAGAGGGCGCUGACGUGCGGGUCCGCCAAGUGCGCGGCGAUCGACGAGCUGCGAGUAAUUAGAGAGCUCCACGUGUCCACCAUGGAGGAGCUCGGCGUCGAUUGCGCUGAGGUGCAUGAACUGAUGCACGAGCUGCAGCAGCUAGUAACGGGGAUAGCGCUCAUGCGCGAGCUGACUCCGCGCUCCUCGGAUUACCUCGUGUCGUUCGGCGAGCGCUGCUCCACGCGCAUCUUCGCCGCCUACCUCAAAUCCUUGGGUGUGCCGUCCAAGCAGUUCGACGCAUUCCACAUGGGCGUGAUCACAACGGACGAGUUCACCAACGCGGACGUGCUGGACGAGACCUACCCCGCCGUGGCGGACUCCCUCCUCUCCGCCUACCAUGCUCACCGGGAAAGUGCUGCUGGCAGUGCGGACGAGAGCAGCAGCAGGGCGUUCAUUCCGGUGGUCACAGGCUUUCUGGGUCGGGGCAAGAAGACGGGAGCGACGACCACACUGGGCCGCGGAGGCAGCGACCUGACGGCGACCAUCAUAGGGCGAGCGCUGGGGCUGCAGGAGGUGCAGGUGUGGAAGGACGUGGACGGCGUGCUCACCUGCGACCCCAACCUGCACCGCGGCGCCGUGCCCGUGCCCUUCCUCACCUUCGAGGAAGCUUCCGAGCUGGCGUACUUCGGAGCGCAGGUGCUGCAUCCGCAGAGCAUGCGGCCGGCGCGGGAGGGGAAUAUCCCUGUGCGGGUGAAGAACUCGUAUAAUCGCAGUGCCCCGGGGACUUUGAUUACUCAAGAGAGGGACCUGUCGUCGGCGCUGCUGACCAGUAUUGUGGUGAAGCGUGGGGUUACCCUGCUGGAUCUGGUCAGCCUGAGGAUGCUCGGGCAGUUUGGGUUCCUCGCGAAAGUUUUUGCGAUUUUCGAGGCGCAGGGGAUUUCGGUGGAUGUGGUGGCAACGAGUGAGGUGAGCUUGUCGCUGACGCUUGACCCGGCGAAGCUGUGGUCUCGAGAGCUGAUUCAGCAGGAGCUGGAUAAGAUGGUGGAGGAGCUCGAGCAGGUGGCGGUGGUGAAGUUAUUGCAGCGGCGGUCGAUUAUUAGUCUGAUUGGGAACGUGUCGCGGUCGUCGGUGAUUCUGGAGAAGGUGUUCGGCGUGUUCAGACGAAACGGGACCAACGUGCAAAUGAUCUCGCAGGGAGCUUCCAAGGUGAACAUUGCAUUGGUGGUGGAUGAUGAUGAAGCCACAGAGCUGGUGCAGCUGCUGCACAAGGAGUUUUUUGGAGUUUAG